AAUUUUAAUGAGCAAUAAUUUAUUCAAUGUUCUCAAUUUUUCGGACACAGAAGAAGUCCCAGAAUAAUAAUAAUAAUAAAAAAAGUCUAAGAAGAAUAAUAACAAUAAGGAAUAGAUAAUUCCAGUUGAGUAAGUUCAAAAAGAGAAUACAAAACAUGAAAAUCCAACCCCUAAGCAAAAAGGUGUUCCUGUAGAGCCACAUCCAAAGGAUAGAUAGUCUGGAACAGGAAGAGGCAAAGAAUAAAGAAAAGAAGGUGGUGGCAGAAAUAAUUGGGGAAAUUAUAAAGAUGACCUUAAAGAAGAGAAAUAUAUUGCAAAGGAGAAAAAAACUUAGGAUACCCCACAAGAAGAAUAAAAUGAAUAAACAACAUAAACAGUUUAAUAAGUUUAACCACUACCUGCCCCUGAAAAGACACUUGCUGAUUAUUAUCAACAAAGAGGAGCUGUAUUAUUAUUAAUAAUAUUAAGAAUGUUGAAGAUGUAUUAAAACAAACUGAAACUAAACCUUAAGUAGUGAAACCAAUUGAUGAAGAAGCUUUGAAAAAGGAAAAAUUAUUUGUUAUGAAAACAAGAGAAGAUGAAAAAAAACAAUAAGAGUAAAAACAGAAAAAAACAAGAUAAUAAUAAAAUUAUAGAAGUGAAUUGAAUACUUAGGCUGCUGAAUAUUUAGGUUUUAAAAAUUAGGUAUAAGAACCUGAAAGAAAAAAUGAAAGAAGAGGAGAAAGAAGAUAAUAAGAUAAAUAAGAGACAGUUUAAGAAUAAUAAGAAUAAGAUACAUAAGCUUAGGAAUAAGAUUUAAAGGAAGAAAGAUAAAAUAGAGGAGAUAGAUAAGAAAGAUAAAAUAGAGGAGAUAGAUAAGAAAGAGGAGAUAGAUAAGAUAGAUAAGAAAGAGGAGAUAGAUAAGAUAAAUAAGAAAGAGGAGAUAGAUAAGAUAGAUAAGAAAGAGGUGAUAGAUAAGAUAGAUAAGAUAGAGGGCCUAGAGAAAAUAGAGGAUAUAAAGGAAAUAGAUAAGAUAGACCAUAAAAUGAUAGAUAAAAUAGAGAUAACAAUACAAGAGAUUAAAGAAGAGGAGAUAAAUAUAGAAAGGGAGAUGAUAGAUAAGAAAAGAAACCUUAAUAAAAAUAAUAAGUAAUAAUAUCUAAUAAAUUAUUUUAGGAAUAAGGAUUUCAAUUGGAUGAGAAAGAUUUCCCUUCUUUAUGAG